AUGGCUGCUAACGACCAGAACGAUGACGGUCAUGACACUGGCAACUUACCCGAUCUGGGGGAUGCGAUCGAUAUCUUAACUUUUAGUCAAAUUCUAGAGAUGGACGAUAGUGAGGACGACCGUGAAUUUAGUAAAUCUAUCGUAUUUGGUUUCUUUGAGCAGGCUGAGGAGACCUUUGAAAAAAUGGACACUGCCCUAGAAUCUCAAAACCUUGAUGAGCUAUACCGACUUGGCCAUUUCUUGAAAGGAUCUUCUGCGACUCUUGGUUUGACUAAGGUGAAAGACAGUUGCGAGAAGAUCCAGCGAUACGGCAAGAAAGAAAAUCUCGACGGUAGCCCAGAGAAAGAUGAGACCCUCUGCCUUAAUCGAAUCACGGAAACUCUCAAGACGGUAAAGGCGGAAUACGCCGACGUGGAGCAGACGCUCAAGAACUUUUUCAACUCUACCUAG